AAAACUGUUGAUAUAAUCGCCUUCAACAAACCUGAAACAUUUCACAAUAUUACUUUUUUUUACUGUAUGUUUCAUCAAAUAGAUUGAGCAUAAGAGACUUCUUUCACAAACAUUACAUUUUUUUUUAAUUAUUCCAAACUUUAGGCCGUCAGUGUAGCAUAUGUGAGCUAUAUCCAGUGUGGUUAACACACCGGCCUUCAGAGGUGACCGUGUGCAGAGGAUACAGUGAGUGUGUGUGAGUGUUCAUUUCUCUUGAGUGCAGAAAGUGAAAUCACGCUGACGUAGUCAGCUGACUUUGGUCACAGGACUUUAGGGAGAGCAUCUCACAAAAACACACCCGACCAGUUGAUUCUUCUUCAUGUUGGUGACCUCAGUAAGUGAAUUUCCUCUGACCGGCCCUAUGUGAGGGCAGUAUGUGGUGGUUUCAGCGGGGGCUUUGUGCUCUACCGGUGGCUCUGGUGACCUGGUCAUCUGCUACGUUCCUCAUCUCUUAUGCCACAGCGGUCGUGUUGGGCCAUGCUGACCUGCUCUUUCCAUACAUAAGUGACACGGGCACUGAGGUUCCUGAACGCUGUGUGUUUGGCUUCAUGCUGUCAAUCUCAGCUUUCCUAGGGUUGGGCACCAUGUAUGUACGAUAUAAACAAGUUGAGGCUUUAAUUUCGGCCUCUGAGUCGGGCUUACAGCUGCUGAACUACACAGGCCUCCUGAUGGGCAUCUUCAGCACUGUAGGGAUGUGUGUUGUGGCCAACUUCCAGAAAACAGAUAUGAUAUCCAUCCACCUUUUUGGGGCGGGGUUGACCUUCGGCCCUGGGACAUCGUAUAUCCUGAUUCAGACCGGCAUGUCAUACCGCAUGCAGCCGCGUUUCCAUGGCAGAGGAAUUCUAUGGGCGCGUAUGGCUGUGGGAAUGUGGACGCUCAUUAGCAUAAUUACACUUUUCAUAUCCUUUGUGCUAAUGUAUGAUGACCUGCCUGGUGUGGAUGUCCCUAAUAAGUUACACUGGGAGAGAGGUUUUAUACCGCACCAGGUCAGUGCUUCAGCAGAGUGGUCUCUGGCAUUCUCCUUCAUCUGCUUUUUCUUCACGUACAUGCAUGAUUUCCAGAAAAUCACUCUGAGGGUUCAGCCUGUACUUCAGAGUAACCAUCUCUACGAUUAUCCUCACUAUGAAGAGCGAGAGCAUGUGCAUCAUGAAGAACGCUCUCCUCUACUGGCUGGUACCAUUUGACAGACACUCUUCCGUCUUGCGUCUGACAUCGAACACUGCAGCCGACAUUCAGUGGACAUUCACUUCACGAAUCUGAAUAUUCCC